UUUGUGCCAUCGUAUGAUUCACUUGCUUUCUCAAUGCUGAACCAGACAAAAAUCAUUUUCACUGCCUUAUUUACAUGUAUCAUACUGAGCCAGAGGUUGUCAAUUCAACAAAUUGGGGCUCUAUUAUUCUUGAUCAUCGCAGCUGUUCUUCUAAGCAUCGGUGAAGGCUCUAGCAAAGGCUCCAGCAGUGGUGAACCCGAGCAAAUUUUAUUUUAUGGAAUUGUCCCAGUCUUAGUUGCUUCUGCUCUCUCUGGUCUGGCUUCUGCAUUAUGCCAAUGGGCUUCUCGGGUCAAGAAGCACUCAUCAUACUUGAUGACCAUAGAAAUGUCUAUUGUUGGAAGCUUGUGCUUACUGGGUAGCACCUAUAAGUCUCCCGAUGGAGAAGCUACCAGACGGCAUGGGUUCUUUUAUGGUUGGACCCCACUAACUUUGAUUCCAGUUGUGGCCAAUGCUCUUUGUGGGAUUCUUGUUGGUCUUGUCACCAGCCUUGCUGGUGGUGUGAGAAAGGGUUUUGUCAUGGUUUCGGCCCUUCUAGUAACAUCCAUGCUGCAGUUUCUUUUGGAAGGAGAACCACCAUCGGUUUAUUGUCUUGUGGAACUUCCGCUUGUCAUCAGCAGCAUUUCGAUAUACCAGAAAUAUCCAUACCAAGUCAAAAAGAAAGAAGCCUAA